AUGAAAGAUCUGGGCGCCGUGAAAUAUUUUUUGGGGCUUGAAGUGGCACAUAGUAAACAUGGUUUCUAUGUGUGCCAACGUAAGUAUGCUUUAGAUAUUAUUUCUGAGACAGGGUUACUAGGAGCAAAGCCUGCAGACUUUCCGAUGGUGCAAAAUCACAAACUUGCUUUAGUAGAAGGGAAAGAGUUCGCAGAUGGUGAACGAUAUAGGCGAUUGAUUGGUCGCCUUAUAUAUUUGGUAGUCACAAGGCCGGAUUUGGCUUAUUCGGUGCAUAUUUUGUCACAAUUUAUGCAAUGUCCGAAAGAGGAACAUUGGGAGGCGACAUUGAGAGUAGUUAGAUACUUGAAGAAAUGUCUGGGUCAAGGCAUUCUUUUGAGAUCAGAUAGUGCACUACAAUUGGAAGGAUGGUGUGAUUCGGAUUGGGCGAGUUGUCCUUUGACUCGUAGGUCGUUGACCGGUUGGUUUGUAUUGCUUGGGUUGUCACCGGUGUCCUGGAAGACUAAAAAGCAACCAACAGUUUCUACAAGUUCCACAGAGGCCGAGUAUCGGGCAAUGACAGGGUUGCAAUGUGAGUUCAAACACUUGAAACAAAUUCUCCAGUCUUUGGGUGUAGAACAUAAACAAGGUAUGAACAUGUAUUGUGAUAGUCAGUCGGCUCUCCACGUUGCUAAUAAUCCGGUGUUCCAUGAGAGGACAAAACACAUUGAGGUAGAUUGUCAUUUUAUUAGGGAUGCUAUUAAAGAAGGUGAGAUUAAGCCAUCGUAUGUUUCCACGAAGAUUCAGUUGGCGGAUAUUUUUACAAAAGCGUUAGGAAAGGCGCAAUUUGAAUUCUUACUUGGCAAGAUGGGCAUUCGAGAUCUACAUGCUCCAUCUUGA